UUUUUCUCUUUGGUUUCUUUUGUUUUUAACUUUUAAUAAAAGAAAAAGAAGAACUGCUUUUUCACAUAUCCCUUCGGUUUUGUCUCAUUCCUGUGCACUUUUGGCAUUUCACUCAGGCAUCUGGGAUUGUCUCUUUGGCCAUAUUCUUGAUCCAUAUUCUUGAUGUGUUCCAUGAUUUCCUUCCUGCAUUUUUCAUGCAGAUAGUUUCACCUACAACUAUCGCUCAUUGUGAAGAACAAAUAAAGAGUGGUGUGGGUGGUUAAUGGUCGAACAAGGAAGGGAGAUUUGGAUGUAGAAAUGGCAUCACCAUCUUUUGCCACUUCAAGCAAGAGCCCACUUCCCAUGAAAGACACAACUUCCUCCUCUCAGUCUCACUUGAUUAAGUACCCGGCACCUCUUGCUAAACUUGAGGAAGUUGGAGCCAACCCUAACCUCUUCAUGUCUACUUUGGAAAAGCUCCAUGCUUCCAUGGGAACCAAGUUUAUGAUCCCUAUUAUAGGAGGAAAAGAGCUAGACUUGCAUAAGCUCUUUGUGGAGGUAACUUCCCGUGGCGGUCUUGAGAAGAUUAUUAGAGAUAGAAGAUGGAAGGAAGUUACUGCGGUAUUCAACUUUCCAUCUACAGCUACAAAUGCUUCAUUUGUGCUGCGGAAAUAUUAUCAUUCGUUGCUUCUCCACUACGAACAAAUUUACUAUUUUAAAGCUCUAGCAUGGGAUCCUCUCGCUUCUGAAAGUUCGCGCAGCCCUUCUGUGACAGCCCUUCCAUCUCCAAGGGGAGGAGCGAAACGGAAAUCAGCUGAAUCUCCUUCUGUGCAUCAACAAACACCGAUAAAUUCAGAAAUGCCUGGAGCCAGGACAACAGCAUCAUCAGAAGAUUCUGUGACAGGGGUUAUUGAUGGGAAAUUCGAAAACGGAUAUCUUGUUACUGUCAUCAGAGGCUCAACGAAGCUUAGAGGUGUACUUUAUCAGUCUCCACGGAAUGCAGCACAGGAAGUUCCACCAGUCCCACAGAACUUCGGCGCAUUGGUUAACAGAAAUGAGAGUGUUUCAGCUACACCUGGUGUCCAGCAGCGUCGGCGCAGAAGAAAGAAGUCUGAGAUAAAAAGGAGGGAUCCUGCUCAUCCGAAACCUAACAGAAGUGGCUACAACUUUUUCUUUGCGGAGCAGCAUGCAAGGCUGAAACCACUCCAUCCAGGGAAGGAUAGAGAGAUAAGUAGAAUGAUUGGUGAGCUCUGGAAUAAAUUGAAGGAGGCGGAAAAAUCAGUGUAUCAGGAGAAAGCCGUCAAAGAUAAAGAGCGAUACAGAAUAGAAAUGGAGGAUUACCGGGAGAGGUUGAAGACUGGUCUAGUGGUUAGUGAUGCAGUGCCACUACAACAGCGGUUGCCUGAAGCAGAUGCGAGCAACGUGGAAUCAGAUGCAAAGAUUGAAGAAACUGAGGCCGGAGGCUCAGCACAAACUUCGGAUGAGAGUAAUGAGAGUAGUUCUAGCAAAACAGAAAAGUGAUUCUGAUGGUGGAUUGAUAUGACUGCAAAAGGAUGGAUCUGGAUUUCGUGCCUUGCGGGUGAAGGCAUUCAUCUGAGCAAGCCUGAAGAGAGAGUAUUGAGUAUCGAUGGAUGACGAAUCAGGUGGCGAAAAAGAAAGCUUAGUUAGUAAUCUAACUUAGACAGAAAUGAUCGAUAGCUAAUGAAGAAAACUGAGUCUCUUAUGACCAACUAGGACUGACUCUUUCUAUGUUUUAGGUUUAAAUUAUCCCUUGAAUUAGUAGCUUAAGUUGGCAUGCUUUUCCAAACUGCAUUACUUGUUUCAUGGUAAGUGGAGCAUAAAAUUGCAUUUACUUGUUUGUUCAAUGAAGGUUUUCAUCUGACUUUUUUUUUA